AUGCGCAGGUCCAAGGGCAUCGUCGCCGUCAAGGACAACGACGACGACGACGGCGACGACAACACCAGCUACUUCACCUACCGCCCACUGUCCAACCUCCCCACACCGCCUCCCACGUCGAGGCAACCUCGCAGCAGCGGAAACUACCAUGGCAAUGAUGAUGGCGAGAUUCUGAGCGCAGUCUAUCGAGGCCCGGCAAUCCAUCUCGUCAAUCUCAUCCCCUCCUCCGCCUCCCUCGCCCCGGCCUCCGUCCCUCUCGUCCAAUCCAUCCUCAGCCGUGCCAACCUUCCCCUCGAGACCAUCGCCCUCGCCGUCUGCGUGCUCGACCGCCUCGACGCCAAGUUUGGCCGCAAGUGGCGCCUCGUAUGCCCUCUCCGCACCAGCACCACCACCGCCACCACCACCCAACAACAACCAACUCCCACCGCCGCCGCUCCUGAAACGACGACGGCGGCCAAGAAGCGACACAGCCUACCCCCAGCCUCCUCGCCGCUGCCAAACCACCCGCCGCAGCUCCACAUCGACGCCGUCCGCCCCGAGAUCAUCGUCCUCGCCGCCCUCGUCGUCGCCGACAAGUUCGCCGACGACGCCGAGCAGACCGCGCCCGCCUACUGCGCCGCCUGGGGCCGCGGCCUGUGGUCGCCCGCACAGCUCAACGCCACCGAGCGCGCCAUCGUCGAGGGCCUCGACUACCGCAUCGUGCCCCUCGCCGCCGACGACUGCCUCGCCGACGCCAUGGUCGACAUGCAGCUCGCGGGCCGCCAGCCGGACUCCUGGGACCACCAGCACGGCGAGCCCACACCGCCGCACAGCGACGACGGCGACCUGUCGUCCGUGGAGGAUUGUCGUGGCGCUCGCGAGGCGGGUAGUGCCACCACCACCACCACCACCUUUGUGGCUGGCCACGCGCGGUCCAAGACCAUGGUGCCGGCCAGCGGCAUCCGGAGUGCGUCGGCGUCGGUGAGUCUUGGGCUCGGCUGGGCAACCGCCGUUUGA